AGUAGAAGUGGAUGUUGAGUACUGACCAUCAUGUCAUGCACUGUACUGUACAGUAAGUAAAUUACAUGGUGCGCAUUCUCCGCCGCUACGUGCGCUUGCUCGAAAAACCAUAUGGCCGUCGCAGUCCUGUCUGAAGCACGUCGUAAAGUAUUAUUAUUGUACGGUACGGUAGACGGUAAGGAUGAUCUGCUUUGCGCCAGGGGUGAUGACGACCUUGUAUGCUUGUUUGCUGGAUCCGAUGGCUGCCUGCAGGCCUCGUCAGAUCCCUGGUGUCCCUCCUCUCUCUCCCUCGAAUGGCGCCCCAGAACCACGAGGUUCGAAGCUUUGAAUCUACCUCCCCCCACGGACCCCGCACAAUUUGGAGGAGGUCUGGGAAGCCUGGGAGGUCUACACUACAGUCGGGAGGAUCUGGGAGCCCGUCUGCGUCUGCGACUUUUGCCCAUCAUCCAAGAAUGAAUGCACCAGAGACCCGUACCCGUCUGCUUCCCGGUGUACUGUACGAAUCACGUUCCUCCAGACGCCAAACAAUCUCUGAUACCUCUGAUACCACACCAGGAUCUUUCGUGCCGGGGCCUGGCACCCCUGGCCCUGCAACCCCUCAUCCACCACCACACGGCAGCCAGCCCCCUGGUCUGCGACAAACACCACCAACAGAAAAAAAGAAGAUUUGCCAUGCGGACGGGCUGCUGCUGAGGACACGACCCGAUAGGGACGAGAGACUCGCUCCAAGAUGUACAGUUCAGUACUUCAGUAUGUUUGUUCUCAGCCCUGUCCGACGGUGGUGAACUUGGAUGACAUGUACAAUACUCCGCAGCUG